UUCCGCGAGAUGCUGGUUUUUCCUUGCUAGGUUGUUCUUUGGUGCCGCUACCUCUUGCGCCCCCCUCCACAUAUCUUGGCCCGACGGCCGAGCGGAGGGAAACGCCUUAACAAAUCAUCGUUCGAAGUUUGAAGUGCGACGACCGAGUCAUGUCAUCAAAUCUGGACGAGGAAAUCGGCGCUCGCUAUUUUGCGUUAAACACAGUUGAUGAAGUUUUUAAGACAGCGACGCUUGGUGGGUCAGUGGCCGAAACCGUCCUUGCGGAGCAGAUCGGUCGUUUCGAACCAUUGAAUACACCGUUCGGGUGCAAACCACUCGUAUAUGCUGAUUGGACGGCAUCAGCUCGCGCUUUACGACAUGUAGAGCUCUUUUUGAGUAAUCAGGUUUUACCUCUGUAUGGGAACACGCACACGGCCGCAUCAGCAUGUGGGGCACAGAGUUCUUCGUUCGUGGCCGAAGCACGACAAGUAGUAGGUGAAUUUUGCAACGCUAGAACAACAGGCAAGGCGGCGUCUGAUGUUGUCUUAUUUUGUGGAGCGGGAACUACUUCCGCGGUCAAUCAACUUGUGUCAAUUCUUGGCGUGCGCGAAGCUCGUGAUGUGCUCGUGCUUGUCGGACCAUACGAGCACCACAGCAACCUCUUGCCAUGGCGUGAGGCAGGUGCAACAGUAGAGACCGUUCUCGGGAACAGAGACGACGGCUUGGACCUCGAUGAUUUGGAAAUUCGCCUGACUAGACCGGGCGUUAGAGAUCGUCUCGUCAUCGGCGCAUUUUGUGCGGUGUCAAACGUGACAGGUGCAAAGACGAAUGUAAGUUCGGUCACGCAUCUGCUCAAGAAACAUGGUGCUUUAAGUUGUUGGGACUAUGCGACCGCAGCUGCACACGGAUCCCCAUCGAUGCACCACGAAGGUGCCUCUGCAGACGCACUCUACUUUUCGUGCCACAAACUCUUGGGCGGCAUUAGUGCUCCAGGAAUUCUUGUAGUGCGAAAGGAACUGAUAAGAAGAGAUCGAUCUCCGAGUCGACCCGGGGGGGGUACAGUUUUUUUUGCAACCGAAGAUGGGCACAGAUUUCUUUCGAAUCGUGUUGAGCGUGAGCAGGGAGGGACGCCCGACAUAGUUGGAGCUUGUCGUGCAGCGCUUUGCAUCUCGAUUGCACGGGCCAUAGACUGCGAACAAAAGUUGUAUUUUAAUCAAAAGGUGCCUUGGGAUCGCGGCACUUCAAUCAAGAAGCUUUAUAGUUUGGUAAAAAAUCCCAAGAGUCUCGUCGUUCUUGGCCAUACGACAGUCGCAACUUCCGCGGUGCCAAUUUUGAGCUUCUUGGUUCGCGCCGGCCCUGGUUGGCUGCAUUACAAUUUUGUUUGUCAGCUACUGAAUGAUCUCUUUGGAGUCCAGAGUCGCGGUGGCUGCCAGUGCGCAGGUCCUUAUGCUCACGAACUUCUUGGAUUAUCCAAGGGUGCGUCAGAUGCCCUACAAACGGCUUUACUAACCAAGACACCUGAUCGUGAGCUAUUAAGGCCCGGGUUUAGUAGGAUUAGCCUGCCAGGUGGCGGUGCUUGGGCCAGCGAGGAAGAGAUUGAUUACGUACUGAGAGCAGUCGCUAUUGUUGUCGAUAUGGGCUGGCGGGCAUUGCCCAUCUACAGAGCCGAGCCCAAGACGGGCGAGUGGCGGCACCGGGCCAGGUUCUCGAAGCCACUCGGUGACGCUCGACGUUGGCUAAGUAGGUUCGAUGUGAGCCAAUCUCCGCUCACUCCUGUCCUACCGACCAAUCGCCGUGGUAAGCCAGAUUUUGAAUUUUUACUCCGGGAAGGUGAGCGUAUUCUGAAGCUGUGUAGCAAUGAGAAGAUAAUUUGCGAUGACGACGAGUUUGAACCUUUGAGGUGGUUUGUCACGGCAAAGAACGCGGCGUCUCAAAUGGAUCUCUGUAACACAUUCACUUGGGAUCCUGCGGGUGAUCCACGAGGCCCAAUCAGACCACCACCCUUGGGGCAAUAUGAGAUUCCCUUCAGAGUUGAGGGUGUUCUCUUUGGACCCAAGAGGCUCGGCCCAGAAGAGAGGAAGAAGGCCCUCCGCGGAGCGGUCAAGCCCCACACGAUAAACAUCGAUAUAACACACACAGUUAGUCAACAUCCUACUCCAAGCCAACCCCCCGUAAUUCCGAACCUUGUCAAGGCAAUAGCACCGCCAAAGAAGCUCAUGCGUGUUGUCGGCGAGGCUAUUAGAGACUGGACCAUGAUUAAGGAAGGUGAUAAAGUCCUUCUUGGCCUUUCUGGUGGUAAGGACUCUUUAUCAUUACUGCAUAUAUUGCUUGACUUGCAGAAACGUGCCCCAAUUAGAUUCGAAUUAGCAUGUGCAACUGUUGACCCAAUGACCUCUAGCUUUGACCCUUCACCUCUGAUACCAUAUGUCAAGGCCCUCGGUGUCAGGUACUUUUAUCUUAAAGAUCACAUCAUCGACUAUGCAAAUACCGUCAAACCCUCAAGUCUCUGCUCCUAUUGCGCGCGCAUGAAGCGAGGCGCGCUCUAUACCUGUGCUUCUCGUGAAGGGUACAAUAUUCUCGCGCUGGCACAGCAUCUUGACGAUCUGGCUGAGUCCUUCAUCAUGGGAGCCUUUCAUAACGGGCAACUGCGAACGAUGCGUUCCAAAUACAUUGCGGACCGCGGUGUUACUGUUAUUCGGCCGCUCGUUUACGCUCGUGAGCAUAUGAUGAAGAGCUUCGCCAUGGAAGCCCAGUUGCCGAUCAUCAACGAAAACUGUCCUGCGUGCUUCGAGGAGCCAAAAGAACGCGCCCGCGUGAAGAAGCUCCUCUCGCGCGAGGAGCAGCUUUACCCGAAGAUCUACAAUUCGCUUCGACGCUGUAUUACGCCCCUCAUGGAUGACGCAGUAUACCCCGCUCUUAGAGCCUCGAACGACACACUGAAGGCGGGCGCCAUUCGGUCACGCCCUAGGCCCCAUGGCCCCUUUGGUGAGUGCCCAAGAGACGUGCCCUAAAUUCGCUAGUCCCAGCCACAUGUCCCUCUAAUACCAGAUCCGU